AUGUCUCAAGUUGCAACAAAUGAAGAGCAACCCGAGUUAGAAAGUAACCCUAAUCACAUCGGAAAACGAAAGAUCCACACUAGCUACAUAAAUAACCCGGAUUUCGUCCCGCCGAAAGAUUUCGUGUUUCUUCCAACGCUCAAAGAGGUGCCCAUCAACCUCAAAGGACAAACUGAGAUCCCUUUCGAUACCCAGAUUGACUACACCAAGCCCGAAUAUCAGUACAGAGACUUUCUCCCUCACGUUACACUCACUUCCGAGCCGGCUCUUGCCCCAUACGAACAUGUCGAUGUCGCAUCGCGCGCCGACCCAGAAAAGAAGGCCCUCUUCGCAGCAAUUCCUCAUCGCAAAGAUAUGACGCCAAAUAUUGGCACUGAAGUGCGCGGAGUCCAGCUGAGCCAGCUUACAGAUAAGCAGAAGGACGAGUUGGCGCUAUAUACUGCAGAGCGCGGGAUCGUCGUCUUCCGGGAUCAAGACUUCGUAGACAAGGGCAUCGAGUGGCUCAAGGAAUUCGGGUCGUAUUUGGACGGAACUGAAUUCGAUACCCACUAUGACGGAGAUUUAAACACUAUAGCAUGGCACAGCGACAUGUCUUACGAAGUCAACCCGCCAUGCACCACGUUCCUUAGUUUGCUAGCGGGCCCCGAGUGCGGCGGUGAUACACUCUUCGUGAACUGCAUGACAGCUUACGACCGGCUCUCGCCGCCGAUGCAGCAAUUCCUUGAGGGAAUUUCCGCUGUGCACUCAGGUCAGACUCAAGCUCUUCGUUUAAUCGACAGCCACCUCGCCCGCCGGCCUACCAUCGAUACCGUGCACCCGGUCGUGCGCAAGCAUCCAGUCACGGGACGCAAAGCGCUAUGGGUGAACAAUAAUCAUAAAGCCGAACUCUGGGAGAAAGGCACGGUUACUGUAUAUGAUAACCGUAUGGUCCAGCACUCGGUGACAUUGGAUUAUGCGUUGGACAAUGAUGUAAUACGACAUGUGUUCCGACUCACACCUCAACGCGAAAGACCAGCCCUUUGA